GCCAGUCAUGCCCAUCCGGCUGGCACCUUUUAAAGGCGGCCGUCCCAGCUUCUCCAUGGGGAAAAGAGGGGGAACCUUCUCACGGCUUAGGAGACCUCUGGGGCUGGCCGUUGCGGCAGAGGACGAGGCUCCUUCUCACAGCAUCCUCUCUCACCUGUCGCAGGAAUCCAACCCUGAGAGAUGUCGCUGCCUCUGGAAAACCCUCCGGAUGGGGGCUGGGGUUGGCUGAUCGUCCUCUCGGGAUUUCUGGCCAACUCCCUCACUUACGGGGUUUUGAGAUCUCUGGGUAUCCUCUUUGAAGAACUGGUGGAGGCUUUCGACGCCAGCGCUGCCCAGGUCUCCUGGGUGACGGCCAUCGCCUUGGCAACCCAGCAGCUGGCUAGUCCCGUUGGUACGGCUGCGAGCAUGCGGUUCGGAGCUCGUCCGGUGGUCAUGUUGGGCGGCCUCCUCUCCUCUCUGGGCGUCUUCUGGGCUUCCUUCAGCACCAGCUUACUCCAGCUGUAUCUCACCCUGGGGUUUCUGACAGGUUUCGGCUGGGCGCUGGCCUUCGCCCCCGUCAUGGGCACCCUCUCGCGCUACUUCUCGUCUCGGCGCUCCCUGGCGAUGGGCCUGGCACUGACGGGCAAUGGACUGUCCUCCUUCGCCUUCUCCCCGCUGCUCAGGCUCCUGGCUGACUCUCUGGCGUGGCGGGGGGCUCUGUUCGCCACCUCCGCCCUGGGCCUCCACCUCUUGGUCUGCGGGGCCCUCCUGCGCCCGCUGAGCCUGCGGGGCGACCUCUCGCACUCGGGACCGGGCUUCGACCUGGGCCUGUUCGCCGAGAGGGGCUUUGCAGCCUUCUCCCUCGGCGCCGCCCUACUGGCCGCUGGCUACUUCACGCCUUACGUCCACCUGGAGCCCUACGGCCGGGCGAUGGGCCUCGGACCCUACGAAGCCGCCGCCGUUGUGUCCGCGGCCUCCCUCUCGGACGCUCUGGCCCGGCUGCUGGCCGGCGGCCUGGCUGACCAGCGCCUCCUGUCCCCGGCCCGCCUCCUCGUCCUCUGCAGUGCGCUGACCGCCUGCAGUCUCCUCCUCUUCCCGCUCGCCUCGUCCUUCGCAGAUGCCCUCGGACUGGCCCUGCUCUACGGCACAAGCGCGGGCAGUUUUGCCACGGUGGCCUUCGGGGUCUUGCCCGAGAUCGUUGGCGUGUCACGCGUGGUCAACGCCACAGGACUGUGUCUGAUGGCCAUGAGCGUCGGGGGGCUGCUGGGCCCACCUCUCUCUGGUUUCCUGAGGGACCUGACAGGAGACUUCACCGCCUCGUUCCUGGUCGGAGGGUCCUUCGUCCUCUGCGCCAGCGGGGUCUUCGCUGCCCUCCCUUCUUUCUGCCCCGGCUGCUGCAAGGAUGAUGGCGACCCCAGGACCCGGGGAACCCUUGGCCCGGUCCCCUCUCUGCUGCCUUCUCCCCUCACAAGCAAAUGUUCACAGGUAUGAAGAAAGAAAAGAAACACGUCUUCCCUUCUCAAACAUUGACACAACAACCGAACUUCAGCCGUGAGCACCUGUUUUUCACCGCAGAGGCCAAAAAGUUGUCGCAUAUCUUAAAUCUGGGACAGAGGCUGUUUCUCAGACACUAAUCCACAAACUGGAAAGGUUUCAGAGGAUUUGAGAAUAUCUCUUUUGCCCAUGCAGGUGAUUAUUAUUAUUAUUAUUAUUUUAUCAAGGCUGGAGUUCGAAGGCUAAGGAUAAGCCUGCCAUUUUCACAAGACUGUGUCUGCCGAAUAAUUUCUCCCUUGAAAUUUCAUUUCAAGGGAUCAAUAACUUGCAUACGAAGAGGUUGCUUUUACCGACCAUGCCUGCACUGCAGAAGAAUAUAUAUAUAUAUCUUUUUUAUUAAAUAUGAGUUACGUAUGCGCCGUGAUUUAAAAACACACACGAUAAAGCUUAUUAAAUGCUCUUCUAAGUCGCCGAGCAAUUGUCGAGGGGUGUGCUAAAAAGAAUUUGAGAGCCGCCAGGUCGAACAGCAGUUUUCUACCCAAAUUGGCGCGCUUCAGGUGUUCAGCCAUAAAUCAUGCACAGUCGUGCUGGCAGAGGCUGAUGGGAUUUGUAGUCCAAUAUAGCAGAGUAGGAGAACUGAAAGCAAGGCUAAUAUAUUUCACAUCUGACAACUAAUGUGCUGCUUUGGUUUCAGAUAGCACAGGGGUUUCAAAAGCCCGGGACACAAAUUUUCAUGGCCCAUUAAGCAGCUAGGAUGUCUCAUUUGCCAGAAGUGAUGUAUUGAGAGUUGACUCUGGUACCUAAUUUGGACCAAACUGAUGUAUAUUUUGCUCCUGUCCCUUCCUAGCUGGGGGGUGUGGGGCUUCCAAGAUGGAGGGUAAAAAAACAGCCUGCACCUCCUCCACCUU